GGCCGGGCGCGGCGACCAACAGCGGGCUGGGCGAGAGCUCGAGCGACGAGGCGGAGGAGCGGCGGCCGGACCCGUUCGAGAUGCUCUCUCUCGACGACGUGGCCGCACCGCCGCGCCGGCAGUAG